CUUGCGCGGGGAGGAGCCGGGGCCGGGCGGGGCCGCCAGGGGCCGGGAGCGGCGGCGGGACCCGGAGCAGCACCGGGACGGGACCGGGACCGGCAGCGGAGCCAGAGGGACCCGGAGCCGGACCCCGACCCCCGCCUCGGCUCCUCGCGGGGCUCCUUGUGAUGUUCAGGGUCAGAAAUGCCUUAUGUGGAUCGUCAGAAUCGCAUCUGUGGUUUCCUAGAUAUUGAAGAAAAUGAGAAUAGCGGGAAAUUUCUGCGGCGGUACUUCAUCCUGGACACGAGAGAAGACAGCCUGGUGUGGUACAUGGAUAACCCACAGAAUCUUCCCUCUGGAUCUCCACCUGUUGGAGUUAUUAAACUUACCUAUAUUUCAAAGGUUAGCGAUGCAACUAAGCUAAGGCCAAAGGCAGAGUUCUGUUUUGUUAUGAAUGCAGGGAUGAGAAAAUACUUCCUACAAGCCAAUGAUCAGCAAGACCUUGUUGAAUGGGUAAAUGUUCUGAACAAAGCUACCAAAAUCACAGUACCAAAGCAGUCCGAUCCUCUGUGUCAAAUGGAUAAUGCAAACCGUCAAGCUGAAAGCCCAGGUGGAAAGAAGCAAGUGUCUUACAGGACAGAAAUUGUUGGUGGUGUUCCUAUCAUUACGCCUACCCAGAAAGAAGAAGUCAAUGAGUGCAGUGAAGGUGCUGAUAGGAAUUAUCUGAAACGAUCACAAAGUCACCUUCCUUACUUUACUGCUAAACAUCCUCCAGAUAAUGCUAUUAUCAAAGCUGGCUACUGUGUUAAACAAGGAGCAGUGAUGAAGAACUGGAAGAGAAGAUACUUUCAGUUGGAUGAAAACACAAUAGGAUAUUUUAAGUCUGAACUGGAAAAGGAACCUCUCAGGGUUAUACCACUUAAAGAGGUCCAUAAAGUUCAGGAAUGCAAGCAAAGUGAUAUAAUGAUGAGAGACAAUCUCUUUGAAAUUGUAACAACUUCUCGAACCUUUUAUGUACAGGCCGACAGUCCAGAAGACAUGCACAGUUGGAUAAAAGCAAUUUCUGGGGCCAUUGUAGCACAGCGGGGACCUGGACGAUCAGCGGCUUCCGUUACUCUAAUCUUAGCUUUGCACUGUGUUCCAGAUGCGGCAGGCCAGAAGGCUGUCGAAUCCUUGUAUACAGAGGAGCAUACCGAGUCUUCUCCCGAACCCACCGAUGCUCCCCGUUCUGCCGUCCCAGCCCCAGCCACCUCACAUUCCACAGUCGCUCACAACAGCCCUCUGGUCCCAAACCCUCACGCCAAAUACCCUGCCUUGGAGAAGCGAGGAUUUCACGAAUCUUUUACCAAGGCCAAGCCAGGGAGCUACAAGAUCCAGGUUGUCGCUCCAAGAGAAUCAGCUGCCAAAGUGACUGAACAGGGCCUCUCGGAACCCCAAAGUAAAAAUGGCACUCAGGAACAGGAUCCUGGCCUUGUGGAUCUGGAUGAUGCAAGCCUUCCAGUUAGCGAUGUGUAGUGUUGGAAGUGUUUGGAGAAUGAUCCAUGUGUUCGGUCCUCUAAUUUCCUUACUCGGACUUUUAACCAAAGAAAAUUACAGGAAAUAAGAACAAAAGAAAAAAAAACAAACACUGAUAAAUACAUAUGUAGGUGUGUGUUUAUGUACACACACGUGCAUAUAUAUGUUUGUAUAUUGCCUUUUGGCUAAGGGUCAAAAAUUGACCUUAUGCAUUUUCUCAAAGCCUGAUAGUAAAUCACCAGGGAGGGGCCAAACUGCACAAUUUAAAAGGAAAUAAAUGACAAAACAACCCCAAAGUACUUCUGCAAGUAAGCAAGGUACCAGCAACUUUUCAUUCCUAAUCUGGCAAACUAAAUUAAUCCAAUUAAUGCUAUGUUGUGGAAACCUUAUUGCCAACAGAUGUGAUUAUUUAACUUCAUUCUGAACUACAGUAAGAUUUUAUGCAUAUGCAAGAAUUUUCUCUCUGACUUUCAGAUACCAGGAAAUGCACAAAAUGUUUCCUCUGUUCUUUAGGAUCAACAGUGUCAACUGAAUUGUUAUCAGAACAAGAAUUCUGGGCUCCCUUGGAAUUCUAAUUAUGGUGCUGUAAAAUUUCCACUAAAAUAAUAUUUUGAAUAGUCAUUCUAUUUUUGAUGCACUCCUAAAGGUGGGUUAUAACUUUUUGCACAUUUGGGUUUUAAUGGACUGCAUGUAGUGGUGUUUUGGAGGGGGGAGGAGAGAAAUUGGACUCUUAAAUUUGGACACUUUAGACCUUUUUGAACUAAAUAGGGUUUAUAUUGUGUUACAUUAGGCUUUGCAGCAAUUAUUUUUAUUAAAUGUCUAAAUGUAUCGUUUGAUUACUGUUUUGCAAAUGGUUUUCUUAUCAGUGCUUUGUGAACAGUUAGUUAUUUCUGUAUGGGAUCAGUGGAAGACCUCAGUUUUGUUGUCACUGGUACUGAACUGUUCAUAGUCCUGCGGUUGUGGCCUAUAACUUUUUGGUGCACUAAUAAAAUUAAGUGCCUGUGUUUUUUCUCACACUGUUGAAACACUUUCAGAUUAGGUAUGUACACAAACCCGUUCUUAAUGGCUUUGAACGUUGGGUUGGAGUUGUUCUGAAUAGUGUAGUCUGAAACAGCUAUUUAAAAUAGAAAAAUGAUGCUAGGGGUAUACCAGUGGUCUGGUAUUGCACCUACUAGCUGUGCAAUAUGUUUUUUUAAAAAAUGAAUAUUUGUUGUUUGUGUACACUGUGUUAAGGGGCUUCAGUGAUGCAAAUGGAGAGAACCUUUACAUUUCAAGUACUGGAUUAGAUUGAGUGUGUACUUUUCAUCGUUUUUAAAAAAAUGUUUGUUUUAAUCGAAACCCCAGAAAUAUCCUUAUGCUGCUGCUUAUUGUGAUUCAGAUUGUCCAGCUUUGUUACUUUUUUUUUUGUCUACUGUAACUGAAGAUACAUAUCAUCCAAGUCCAUCUUCUCUCCAACUUCCAAACUGACUUCCUGCUCGAGAGAUACGGAUGGCUUUACCAUGAUAAUUUGUUGAUCCAAGGAUGGAAUAAUUGGUGUCAUGUGAGAGUGAAAUGUAAUCUAAUUUCACAACCUUAAAUUAUAUCAGCACCUUCAUUUUUUUAUCCAUAAGCUAUCUAACCACAGUCUCACGGCAGUGGUGUUUGUAUAUUACUGGUUUUGUUUGACUCUUUAAAUACAUGUGAAAACUAGUACGGAAUUGGAAGUUUCUGUAAAUGUCUAAACUAGUAUUGUAGGUUUUAACUUCUAAGACAAAACAAUAGCUCUUUAAAGGCAUAUUUUUUCACAAGUACAUUCUGUGUGGAAGACACUUUGCAUUGAAAUAUUUUUACUGUAGUCUAACAUCUGAAAUCACUCGCUCUGGUACAGCUUUCACACUGCAUGUUCAUUUUACUAUAUUUUGGUAUUGGCAAUUUUACACAUUGGGUGGAGGUAAAGCAGCUCCAUUAUGGGACUUUUAAAAGGGGUGGGGGGGAGAACUACUGUUGUAGUUCAGUAGCAUAGGGAAAUAUUUGUGGUUGGUAAUUGUCAGGGUCUCCUAUUUAUCAGUACUUUUUUAAAUCUAUGAAAAUUGUUAAAUUAUUUUAGAAACAGUGCUGUAAAUAUGUCACAUUUAAAUUGUCAAUAAAUCAGUUUGGGUAACUUAAAGUAA